AUGGAGAUGGAAUCUGCUAAUUUCUUCCAAUUUUCUAGUGCCUCAGAUUUCUCACCAGAGUCUUCUUUUGGCUCACUGGACUCUCUCUCAUGGGAAGAUGAAGAAGCACUCUUGCUUCCUUUCAACAACCCCAAUGAGAUGAUGAGUUUUUUACCAUUUGACAUGAAUGACUCUGGGGAGAUGCUGCUCUAUGAUGCUCUGGCCAAAGGGGCAAAAGAGACAUUUUCGUCUCAUGAUGACCAGGCCAAUUGCUUCAAUAUUGGAGUUGUUAAAGAAGAGGAGGUCACUUCCAAUAUUGCCCAUCAUCAAGCUUUUGAAGAGAAGCCCACAACGGAAAAGUCCUACAGAGGGGUGAGGAGGAGGCCUUGGGGAAAAUAUGCAGCAGAAAUUAGAGACUCGACAAGGCAUGGGAUUAGGGUUUGGCUUGGCACAUUUGAUAGUGCUGAGGCAGCUGCUUUGGCUUAUGACCAAGCUGCAUUUGCCCUAAGGGGUUCUUUGGCUGUGCUUAAUUUUCCAGCACAAGUUGUCCAAAAGUCUCUUCAAGACAUCAAGUAUAAGCAUGAUGAGGGGUGCUCCCCUGUGGUUGCCCUCAAGAGGAAGCACUCCAUGAGAAGAAAGUCAAUGUCUAAAAAGAGCAAAGCCAUUACCAGCCAACAAUGUACAGAGCAAAGAGUAAAGGAGGUUUCGCCACAAAAUAAUGUGAUGGUUUUUGAGGAUUUGGGUGUCGAGUAUUUGGAGGAACUUUUGGAACAAAGCUAUUAG